AUGGAGCCUCAGGUACAGAAACUGGUGGACAAGGUGUGGAAGAGCUACUUGAAUACGCCUCAGGACCAGCGCCUGUUAAUCGGAAUCGGCGGCAUCCCAGGCUCAGGCAAAACAACACUCGCCCAAACCAUCACCUCCAAACUCAACGCCCUCGCCGCCGCAGCCUCCCCAAAUGCCCCUCCUCCCGCAAUCUUCCUCCCCAUGGACGGCUUUCACCUCACCCGUGCCGAGCUCUCCGCCAUGCCAGAUCCGGUAACCGCUCACGCUCGCCGCGGCGCCCCCUACACAUUUGACGCGCACAAAUUUCACGCUCUGGUACAAUCGCUAAGAAGGCCCAUUUCGUCUGGAGAAACGAUUUACGCGCCCUCUUUUGAUCACGCUGUGAAGGACCCCAAGGAGAAUGACAUUGCCGUGCUGUCGACGCAUCGGGUUGUCGUUAUUGAGGGCAACUAUGUGGCGCUGAAUAAGGAGGUAUGGCGCGAUGCUGCGCUGUUGUUUGAUGAGCUGUGGUUUGUCGAGGUUGAUUUUGAGGUGGCGAGGAAGAGGCUGAGGGAGAGGCAUGUUCGGGCAGGCAUUGUUCAGACGAUAGAAGAGGGGGAUGCGAGAGCUACGGAGAAUGACUUGGUAAAUGGUAAGGAGAUUGUGGACUGCAGCUUGCAAGUACACGAGCUGAUACAGAGUAGAGAAGACGGCACUUGGGUUCAUGAAUAGACAGUCUUUGAAUAUAUACAUGGAUGAGAACAGGAUCCUUUUUGCCCUUGGAAGAGCCUGUAAUCAAUCAAGAUAUAGUGACAUGAAAGUCAAAUAAACGCUGACAUGGCUUUGCCAUGAGAAAAGCUUUCAAAGUAGAAAGAAGAUGAUACAUUAGCGAUGUGUAAGAAUCCAACAAGUUGCAAUCCAAAGCAAACCCCCAAACACCCAUUGGCACAAACAGCCAAUAGCUUUUCCAAAUCAAACCAAACUGCUUUUCAGCUGUUCUCUGGCACCACCGGCUCAUGGGGCGCCUGCUCAUGAGCCUGCUCAACACUUGCACGGGCAGCCAGGCUCAGCCUCUUCAUCUCAGGGGCCAUUGUCACCCCCGUGCCCUUUCUGCUCCGCGUCGCCUCCUCCCACCUCUUCUCGUCCUUUUCGUGCUUAACCACAGGCUUGUGGGCUGUGUCGUCCAGGCCCAGCACCUCCAUCAGCUCAGGCAGCUCUACGUGAUCUCUCGUGUUCUUCAUCCUGUGGCACCACGUAAUCCUCUUAUCCUCGGCCCGCUCGUCCUCGAUUUUGUCCUUGUUGGUUGCCGGCUCAGCAAGCGAUCCAAACUUGGGCGGCUGCUCUUGCGUCGGUGUUGAAAUCGGCGUCGCGACCUGGAAUGGCUCGUAGAGAAACUCGCCACCCACCUGGCGGUGAUCGCCAGACUUGAGAGCCAGGCCCUUGGGUACGUGCUUUAGGCCCUGCACAAUGCUGUCAAAGAUUCCUCUUGACGUGCUCUUCUUUGCGUAUGCGGGCUUGGUGCCCAUCUGAAGCGUCUUGACCAUGCCUAGAGCGUCGAACAGUGACCGGGUCGGGUCGGUAUAUAUGGGAAACUGGCAGCCCGUCUCUUUGGCAUACAUGUCGAUUAGGCCGGGGUCACCGCACCCCACAACGGUGAUGAAGGUGCUGAUGGGUAGUCGGAGGAGAGAAUCAGGGGUGAUGGCUUCGGAGAGAGUGCGGAGGUAUUCUUGGCAGUUCGCCACAGAAGAAAUGCCGAAUAAAGAUGACGAGCACCC